AGAAAUUUUUCCUCACCACCCAAACCCAACUUCCUCUGUGUGAGUGCAGUAAUCAGAAUCGAGCGAUGGAGACGAAGCCGAGCGAGAUCAGCAGUGGCAAGAUGUUCGGAGGCUACAACAAGAGGUUCAAGCAUUUCAGUCCCACACUCGGCUGCUCCAUGAACUUCCACAUCUACUUCCCUCCUUCUCCUUCCCCCUCUCACAAAUUCCCAGUUCUGUAUUUUCUCGCUGGCCUCACAUGCACCGAUGAAAACUUCAUAUUCAAGUCUGGUGCUCAACGCGCAGCUGCUGCUGAGGGCAUUGCCUUGGUUACUCCCGACACUUCCCCAAGAGGCUUGAAUGUGGAAGGAGAAGCUGACAGCUGGGAUUUUGGAGUAGGUGCUGGAUUUUAUCUCAAUGCCACACAAGAGAAAUGGAAAAAUUGGCGCAUGUACGACUAUGUUGUCAAGGAAUUGCCAAAGCUUCUCAGUGAUAAUUUUCCACAGCUCGAAACAUCAAAGGCUUCUAUAUUUGGUCAUUCUAUGGGUGGGCAUGGUGCUCUGACUAUCUACCUGAAAAAUCAGGAUAAGUAUAAGGUUCAUGCUUUCCUUAUUGGAUAUUUGGUACCAAAAUCUAAUGAUAAUCUUCUUUUGUUUCAUUUAAGGUCCAAUUAGAACGUUCCUUUUUCAUAUGUUAUAGCUAUGCAAGUUUGGAAUGAAUAGGUAAUGAGUGCAGUGAGCUUAAUGUUUAUUGAUUGAUCUUUAUCAGAACAGCUGAAAAUGAAUACUGA